AUGGCGCCAACCUCCAACCCACGCAUUACUACGCUCGACUUCGACGCCAACCGCAGAACAAGACGACACUCGCAUGGUUCACGACCGAGCGUUGGCGAUGAUGACUUUGAUUUCAUGGGUCAAGUCGCCGAGGAGAUCAUUGAGCGGGAUCGUUUGCGAAUGCGUAGAGAGGUCAUGCGAGUUCUGAGCUUUGUCUCCGCCGUUCUAAUGUGUCUAUGCGCCGGAUCUAUCACUUCCUUCUCGCUGUAUGGCGCCCGGUUCUUGACCGACCUUCAUUACACCCAAUUCCGGGUCAAUGCCGUAUCCAUAACCGCCGAACUCGCCAUGUACCUUCCAGUCCCUCUUUUUGGCUACCUCUGCGAUCGGUAUUCUCCUCCGCCGUUAUCUUUCCUUGCCUCCAUUCUGUUCGGCGCAGGAUAUCUGUUGGCCGCAUACACAUAUAAGGCAGGCCCACCUCCAGACGCUGCGAAACACGGGGAAGGGUGGCCGUUCGGAGUCAUGAUUCUGGCGUUUGUCGGCAUUGGCGCAGGAACCAGUUGCAUGUACUUGUCAGCCGUUGCAACGUGUGCGAAGAACUUUUCGAACGCAAAAUACCGUGGGCUCAUGCUGGCCGUGCCAAUUGCAGCGUUUGGUCUCAGUGGAAUGUGGGAGAGCCAGAUUGGCGCUCACCUGCUGUACCAGAAACUACCCAACGGACAGAAGGGCGAGGUCGACGUAUUCAAGUACUUCAUAUUCCUUGCCGGCACGCUCAUUGGGGUAGGUCUAUUGGGAACACUGGGCUUACAAAUUAUCAACGAAGAAGAGCUCAUCGAGCAGGGUGUCGAAGCGCUCGAACGGAGCGGUCUAUUGGAGGAGAGCGAGUUCUUCCGUGACUCGGACACUGGAUCGCCCGUCAACUACGGCGGCAUUGAACCUCAUUCGGGUAGUGCUACUCCUUCAGACGACGGCUCGGAGGAUCGUGACCUCGACCUCUCAGAAUCUCAAAUGCUUAAGAGACAUGAGCAAGAUCAGCGCCUUCGCAAGAAGAAGUGGUGGCUCUUGAACCAUGCGACGCGCAGCUUCCUGACCGACCGGACCAUGUGGCUCCUUGCUGCCGGAUUUCUUUUGCUCACAGGCCCUGGGGAAGCGUACAUCAACAACCUGGGCACCAUCAUCCCCACACUAACGCCCAAGAGCUAUUUCGACCUGACGAAGCCUCCCGCCGGCCAUGCAUCGACGCACGUGAGUAUCAUCGCGGUUGCGUCGACCUUUGCACGCCUGUUCACGGGUUCAUUGUCCGACCUCUUCUCGCCACCCUCUCAGCCGGAGAACCCGCCAUCCACUCGUGUCAGCUUUUCACGUCUGGUCCUGCUGUUGCCAUCGGCGUUCUUGUUGCUUCUAUCCUUUCUCAACCUCGCGCUACCGUUCCUUACGCCUAGCAACCCGAGCCUGUUCCUUCUCUCUUCUGGACUGCUUGGUCUAGGAUACGGCGCAUCAUUCUCUCUCGUGCCCAUUAUCAUCUCGGUGGUCUGGGGCGUUGAAAAUUUUGCGACGAAUUGGGGUUUCGUGGCCAUGAUGCCCGCUGGUGGUGCGGCGCUCUGGAGUAUCGUGUACUCUGCAGCUUAUUCGCAUGCGAGUCAAGGCGUUGGAGAGGGGGAGUGUAGAGGGUAUUCAUGCUUCGGCGCGUGGGCGUGGGGCUGCGCUGCGAGUGUUGCUGUGGCCAUCGUGCUGUGGUGUCUCGCCUGGAGGACUUGGAAAAGGAGGAAUGUCAUCGUCUAG